GUUGACACCAUGCCUCAGAUGUUGACCUAUUCAGUCCUGGUACUCUUUGUGACAUUGCUGCUGGGAUCCUUGCCAACUCUUGCCCAGAGAGAAACCCGUCAUGAGAAAUUCCACCGGCAGCACGUUGCUGCAAAGUCCAACACGCUGGAUCCCAGGCUCUAUUGCAACCGGAUGAUGCAACGAAGAUGUAUGACGACUGUCAAGUGUAAACCUGUCAACACCUUCAUCCAUGGGGAAGAUACAGCAGUGGAUGCCAUCUGCAACACUGGGGGGACUCACUCAAGUGAAAAUUACUACGACAGCAAUAGCUUGUUUGAGCUCACCCGUUGCCAGUCGACAGGCAGAGGGACUGAGCCUCCCUGUUCCUACCAAGGCUCGCUUACCACCCAGCGGGUCAGAGUUGCCUGCGUAAAUGGCCUGCCAGUGCAUUUCCAACAAGCUCUUUAGAAAUAGCGAUGGCCACCAUUAGAAAUAUCAUUGACCAUGGUGGCUAGUUAGAGAUUAUAUAUCUUCAGCUAUUUUAGAAGCCAAGAGGAUUCCAAGUCCUAAUUUUAGUGCAAUGCUGUAUUUCAGUUACAAUUUGCUGUUGACCAU